AUGACUUGGUUAUUGUUACAAUGUGCUGUACUGGUCACCUUGGUGUCCACUUAUUCUUAUGUUGAAAGGUCCAGACCAGGAAGAAAAUCAUAUAGCGAUUUGUAUGGAGGUAAGGAUAAUCACGACUCAGGAAGUCGUUUGUAUGAUGAUUCGUAUAAAAAGCAAGACUACGGUUAUUCAAAAGGUCGUUCAUCUUAUGGAGGAGACUCUUACCGAGAUAGAGAUUAUAUCGAAGAUGAUUACAGUUCCGAUGCAAAAUAUGGCCAACAUCGUUCGAUGGGAGGCGGAUACGGAUUCAGACCACCGUUUCCGGUUCCAAUACCCGUUCCCUUGAUAUUUGGCGCACCUUUUGCUCCGGGCAUCGGAGUGCCAUUUGGUGGUCCAGCGCUUGCAGGGGCUCCAUUGGGUGGUGUAGGGGCUCCAUUGGGUGGUGGAGUGCCUGCGGUUGCAGCACCUGUCGGAGGAGCCGUUGGUGCUCCCAUUGCAGCAGCAACUCCUGCAGUUGCUGCUUCUGUUGGACCGGUAGCAACUCCUGCAAUUGCAGGAUCAACUGGUGGCGUAGUAGCUGGAAGUACACAAGCUCAAACUGUUGCUAAAGACAGUGUAUGUUACAACAUAAUUGACACCACUUAUCCGUCAUUUUCAACAUAUUGUUCCGUGUUACCUCAAACAACUUACGCACUACCAAAUUGGUUCAAUCACCAAGAAAAAUAUGAAGUUAAUCAACAAUUGGCUCUAUUUCAGCCGGCGCUCGAUGCACCAUGUUUCAAACAUCUUCGUAUGUUUAUCUGUCCACUAUUGUUUCCGCCAUGUAAAGACCAAGCAAUAUUACCAUGUGCAAGUUUCUGCAGAGCUAUUCAAAGUCGAUGUUCUGGAUAUGAUCUUGCAUCAAUCAACUGUGACUCUUUACCAUCAAAAUCUGAAUUUUGUCCAACACUUGCUAAUACUGGUAGAUCCUUCCCACCUACUUCAGAAGCUUACGAUUAUACAGCAUCAGUUCAGCAAAGUCCACUUUAUUCGAGUCAAAGAAGUUAUGAACCUCAAUCAACAUACAAUUCGGGGGGUUCGUCAUAUGGAGCAACACCUGUCAAUAAUUUCGCAACUGGCAAUAAUUAUGGCGAACAAUCGUCGUAUGGCUCAAACAGUGCUUCCAACUAUGUAGCGCCAUCCCAGAAUAUUCCAUCAUACAACUACAGAUCACAAUCAACAUUUACGAAUCUUGUUAGCCCACCAUUAGUGAAUAGUUAUAGUGGUGGCGGUGGUGAUUCUAGUUAUUCAUCUCUAUCACAAAAUGUUCUUCCAUCAUUUUCAAGUUCAAGCAAUAAUGGAGCCCAAUCAUCUUACAAUUCUGGUGGCUCAUCAUAUGGAUCAACUUCCGCAACUAAUUAUCCAGCUGCGAAUAACUAUGUCGCCCCAUCUUCUUAUGACUCAAACAGUCGUUCUGGUCUUUCAAGAUCAUCGGCGCAAUUUGUCCCAUCCUAUUCCGGUUCCAAUGACUAUGCUGCUCCAUCAGUAUCGUUAACUGUUACUAAAACAAACGAUUAUGGAAGUGAUCUUAGCUUUUCAGCGUCUGCUCAAAAUAUGCCCUCAUUUGCAAAUACUAAGAAUAACGCACAGCAAUCAUCAUCAUACAAUGCAGGUGGAUCAUAUGGUAGUUAUUCAGCGCCUGCUCAAAAUGUACCCUCAUUUGCAAACUCUGAUAACAGUGGACAGCAAUCAUCAUCAUACAAUGCUGGUUCGUCGUACGGAUCACCAUCUGUUAAUCCAAGUGGAUCAUAUGGUAGUUAUUCAGCGCCUGCUCAAAAUAUGCCCUCAUUUGCAAACUCUGAUAACAGUGGACAGCAAUCAUCAUCAUACAAUGCUGGUGGUUCGUCGUACGGAUCACCAUCUGUUAAUCCAAGUGGAUCAUAUGGUAGUUAUUCGGCGCCAGCCCAAAAUAUGCCCUCAUUUGCAAACUCUGAUAACAGUGGACAGCAAUCAUCACCACCAUACGUGAAUAACUAUGUCGCCCCAUCUUCUUAUGGCUCAAACAGUCGUUCCGGUCUUUCAACAUCAUCGGCGCAAUUUGUCCCAUCCUAUUCCAGUUCCAAUGACUAUGCUGCUCCAUCAGUAUCGUUAACUGUUGCUAAAGCAAACGAUUACGGAAGUGAUCUUAGCUUUUCAGCGUCUGCUCAAAAUAUGCCCUCAUUUGCAAAUACUAAGAAUAACGCACAGCAAUCAUCAUCAUACAAUGCUGGUUCGUCGUACGGAUCACCAUCUGUUAAUCCAAGUGCGAAUAACUAUGUCGCCCCAUCUUCUUAUGACUCAAACAGUCGUUCUGGUCUUUCAAGAUCAUCGGCGCAAUUUGUCCCAUCCUAUUCCGGUUCCAAUGACUAUGCUGCUCCAUCAGUAUCGUUAACUGUUGCUAAAACAAACGAUUAUGGAAGUGAUCUUGGCUUUUCAGCUGUAGCUGCUCAAAAUGUGCCCUCAUUUGCAAAUUCUAAUAACAAUGGACCACAAUCAUAUGGUAGCUAUUCAGCGCCGGCUCAAAAUGUACCCUCAUUUACAAACUCUGAUAACAGUGGACAGCAAUCAUCAUCAUACAAUGCUGGUGGUUCGUCGUACGGAUCACCAUCUGUUAAUCCAAGUGGAUCAUAUGGUAGCUAUUCAGCGCCGGCUCAAAAUGUACCCUCAUUUACAAACUCUGAUAACAGUGGACAGCAAUCAUCAUCAUACAAUGCUGGUGGUUCGUCGUACGGAUCACCAUCUAUUAAUCCAAGUGGAUCAUAUGGUAGCUUUUCAGCGCCUGUUCAAAAUGUGCCCGCAUUUGCAAACUCUGAUAACAGUGGACAGCAAUCAUCAUCAUACAAUGCUGGUUCGUCGUACGGAUCACCAUCUGUUAAUCCAGAUGGAUCAUAUGGUAGUUAUUCAGCGCCUGCUCAAAAUGUGCCCUCGUAUUCUAACUCAAAUAGUUAUGGAGAACAAGUAUUGUCUGAUUCAAUUGGAGAUGGCUCACUUUAUCCAAAUAAUUGCCCGCAAAGUGCUUCAAAUCCGUGUACUCCUGAUGGAAAACAAUAUUAUCCAUUACCAGGUGCACCAUCAUGUUAUAUUCAGUGUGCUUUCGAUAUUAUGAUCAUCAAGAAUUGCCCAGCUAAUCUUGUAUGGAAUACCAUUCUUGACGUAUGUGACUGGCCAGAUUUCCGAUAUACAACAAGUAAAGAAGAAUAUAACAACAAUGGAUAUGACGGUGCAACAAAUAGUUAUACAAGUCAGUCAACAGGAGUUGUCCCAACAAGUCAACAAAAUAGUGGUUAUAAUCAACCAUCUACAUCAUAUUCUUCAUCUUAUGCCACAGGCCCAGUUAAUUCAGGUGAUUAUGGACUAAAGUCAAUGUUAAAUAAUAUAGGUAACCAACGAAACGCACAAUUUGUUCAAUCGUCAUUGCCGACUAAUGCUGUUGGUCCAUGGCGUCGAAAGAAACGACAAUUAUUAAAUCGUAAAAAGAGACAAUUUGUUGGUCCAUAUGGAGGUGGUCCUUUUCCGUUUCCACCUUUGCCGGUUGGCUUUGAAGUUCCGAUCGGUCUGCCGGUAGCUCCAAUAGCAUUCCCAGGUCCAAUCGGCUUUCCAGGUGUUCUAAAUGGUUUUGGUGGACCCGGUUUUGGUGGACCCGGUUUUGGUGAUGUUAUACCGAGUAUACCAGGGCCAUUUCCAAUACCUCCACCUGGUCCCUUUCCGUUUCCGGUUCCAGUACCAAUUCCAGCUCCGAUUCCACUACCACCUCCACCUAUUCCGGUACCUAUUCCGGCACCAAUUCCGAUACCGCCUCCAAUUGGUCCAAUUUCUCCGCUAUUACCUCCAUUACCAGUUAAUAUUCCAGCAACACUUGUACCAGGUCCAUUAUUUCCAUUCGCUGGUCUCGGUGGUCCGUUUCCAGGCGGCGUUGCUAGUCCGUUUGCUGGAUUUCCUGGCGGUUAUGGUGGACCGUAUGGUGGAUCAUUUCCUGGUGGGUUUCCUGGUGGCUUUGAAACUUUUCCUGGGAGCUAUCCGUUUCCUGGCGGUUUUGGUGGUGGCUAUCCAGGGCCAUUUAUAGAACCGUAUCCAUAUCCAACAAGUUUUCCAUCAAUAGAACCGAGUGGGCCGUAUGGUAUGCAUCAUCGAAAACAUCACAAACAUUCUGAUUAUGACGGAGAUUACGACAAAGGUUAUAAAAAGGAUUACGAUCGCGGCUAUGGAAAAGAUUAUGAUCGCGGGUAUAAUAAGGGUUAUAAAGAUGGGCACGACAAAGAUUAUGAUCGUAGUAAAAACUACAAAAAGUCGUAUUCUGAUAACGAUGACUCGAGCUACAAUGACUAUCACAGGCGUAAACGACAAUACAGUACAACACCAUUAAUAAAAGAUAAUAAUCUUGAGGGACGUUUACCAGCGUAUGCUACAAAAGAAGAAAAGAUUGAAAUUACAAUUCCAAUAGAUGGAUCACCAUGUAUAGGAAAAGGAAAUAAAGGCAAUGUAGCCCAUCCUACGGAUAGAACAAAAUAUAUAUCGUGCUUAACUGAUGUAAAAUAUGAAAUUAUGGAAUGUCCAAAAGGUUUAAUAUACAAUCGUGUCAGUGAUCAAUGUGAGAAAAUGAACGGAGAGGCAUUGUGUGAAUCAAAACCGUGUAUGAAUGAUGGACAAUGCUAUGCAACAUCAACAACAGAAUACAAAUGUACAUGUCGUGAAAUGUUCACUGGUGAUAGAUGUGAAACACCCCUGAGCAGUUGUGUCAAUGAACCAUGUGGAAAAGGUGUUGAAUGUGUUACACUGAAAGCGGACGAUUAUCCGCAAGAUUAUGCAUGUGUUUGUGACGAACGAAAAUCAUACGGAUUGACGUGUGAUAAAAACACAGUUCCAAAUCCAUGUAUGACAGUUGACGGUAAUCAGCAAUAUUACCCGUUUGCAUUUAGUUCAAGAGCCUAUGUUCAAUGUAAUGGUGAAAAAAUUAAUUUACUACCAUGUCCAUCUGGUCUAUAUUGGAAUCAAGAAAAGAAAACAUGUGACCAUGCUGAAACAAGUCCAGCCAAACCAGCUAGCGACCAACCAACUUAUAUCUCGAGUGACUCAAUAUCUGUAGUCAAUUACAUACAAAAACCAUCGACUCAGCGUCAAUUACUAUCAUCCUCAAAUGAGGAUAUCAUUUUUAGACCUCGGCAACAAUUAAAUAAUCGACGACUACAAACGAUCCAACAGUAUUCAUCUGAUCAACAAUUAUUUAAUAAACCAGUUAGGUUGAAUUCAUAUUCAACUCGUCAACAAUCAGAUCAAUAUUCUGGAAUGUUGCCACAACGACAACAACAACCGAUAAAUUCUUAUGGCGGAUAUAUGCAAAACGAUCAACAACGUUUACAAACUUCUUUGCGAGAUAUUAUCCAACCUUCAUCAGAAUCAUUGUCACUUGAAGCGAAAUCACAACUAUUCGCUGACAAUAAUGAUUUGCUUCAAGAACAACCACAAUUAAAUGCGUAUGGACAAAUACUCAAUGGUGAUGUAUCCAGCAAAAUAGGUUCGAGGUCAAUGCAGCAACGACAAAUGAAUAGCUAUGGUUCUAAUCAACAACGACAAUUAUCAAAUGAUUUACCACAAACUAGUUUAACUCUUAAUCAGUAUUCAUCUCAACCGUCAUCCUAUGGUCAACAAAAGCAAUUUGGAGAUAUUUCACAAAGCUUCAUUUCACCAAAUCAACGUACACAAACGUUUAGAAGUAUGAAUUCAAACCAACCAUCGUUUGCUGAUAAGACCAGCUCAUUCUUCAGUCAACGACAACAACCAGUCAAUUAUGGAUCUGGAUCAUCUGAUCUUUCAGGAAAUGUUCAGAAUGAUAUUGGCUCACCGCGCCGUGUCAUCAACGGAUUAUUGAAUAGUCAAUAUCAACAACCACAACAACAAAAUGCAUAUAAAAAAAAAAGACGAAGACGACAGCUACCAUAUCAAACAUCACAAUUAAUGUAUUCAAAAUCGGCGCUUGACAACCCAUUGAGUUAUUUAUCAUCCUCAUUCAAGCAUAGUCCAAUGGCUUUAACUCGAACACAACAAACAUGGAUACCACAAAAUUAUCAGACAGUGGCAUAUUCAAAUGCAUAUCAACCCACUUUUGUUCAAACAACACUCGAUCAACAAAUCCCAUUGAGCUUUUCUGAUCAACUUUGUCAAGGACGAGCACCAGGCAGUGUCAUAACGCAUCCAUCAACAACAAAAAAAUUUAUCGUUUGUGUUGAUACAGCCAAAGGUGUCGAACAAGAUUGUCCAAGUGGUUUACACUACAAUACUAUAGCAGCUCGAUGUGAAAGAAAAGCCAAUCAGAAUGAACCACCUUGUUCCUCAAAUCCGUGUCUCAAUGGAGGUCAAUGUUCAGAAGAUGGACCAGUUGCAUACAAAUGUAAUUGUGUUGAAGGAUUCAGUGGUGUUCAAUGUGAAAUCGAUAGUCGUGCUUGUGAUCAGCAACCAUGUGGACCUCAAGGAUUAUGUCAGGGAUUUCGAUAUGGUGCUGCAUUACCAUACAUAUGCAUUUGUCCAAGAUUUUCAUAUGGACCAAAUUGCCAACAAACCUUUCCAAAUCCAUGUACUGAAGACGGAACACAUCCUCUUGGUUUUACCGAUAAAGGUUUUAUUAUGUGUGAUGGUACUCAGUAUUACAUUCAAUCCUGUCCAAGCGAAUUAGUUUGGGAUAGUAGCGUUCAAACCUGUAUAAGACCUGGUACUCAAUUUCCAGAUCAAUCUCAAGGAGUUAGUUACAAAGGUGAUGUACAACGCCCAUUAUCUGAUGUAGUGCAACAACAAGGUUAUUCAUCUCAACAAUAUUCAAAGCCACGCCCAUUAUCUGAUGUAGUGCAACAACAGGGUUAUUCA